AUGUUCCGAGUCGAUGGUCCGCUGUCAUUUGUCGACGCGUUAUACGCUCCACCACCACCUCCUCCGCCUCCUCCACCUCCUCCACCACCGCCUGCAGCUCCUGCUUACGUACAAGCUCCUCCGCUCGCUCCAUCGUUGCCAUUGUUUGGCGGAAUGCAGCAGCCAUAUGCAGUACCUUCUCUUCCACAAGGUGCUGGUGGCGCUGGUUCUGGUCAAUUUCCUAGUGCUGGACCUAGUUUGCAGCCCUCGCCAGUAGUACAACCAUCUGGUCUUCCAUACGUCGCGGCUCCUGCAGGUGCAGCUGGACCAAGCUUCGGUGGAGUGUACGCUAACCCACCAUCGUUAAGCAAGAGUUUGGAGGAUACAAAACUGUCGACUGACAAUGGCAAAAUACAGGCUCAGACUAGGCUAAAAGCGCGGGCUAAAUUCGGGCUAAAAGCGCAAUUUUUAUCUACAUGUUAUGCUACUCGUUUUGGAGCAUGGGUGAUUAGAGAUUAA